AUGGAGCCGGCGAGUGAAGGGGCCCGAUCGCCUCGCGCGCAGUACGCGACACCUCACCAGCCACGCAUGCCACACCAUGUGGGUGCUAUAGGCGCUGAUAAUGCGUCUAUAUCCUCGGCACCCCGCGCUGGAACGCGGCCGUCGAGGCCCACGACCACAACCACGACCACGACCACUACCCCGCCUUACUGGAGACAUUCACGCAAUGUCUCGCAUGCAUCACAUACCUCCCUUGACCGGUCGAGUGGCCUGAUAACGCUAGAGGAUCAUAGCGAGGAUCCCUCGUGCGAUACGAGCAAGGGACUAUGGGCGAAGAAUGUUACGAUUGAUGACCACGCCGUUGUCAAGGGACAGUCGGGGAUCGGGGCCUAUGUCGUGUGGAUAUGCAAUAUUCAGACUCUCGAGGGAACAUCUAUGAUCGUUCGGAUGAGGUACUCCCAAUUCGUAGACCUUCGAUCCAAGCUCGCCGAGGCCUUCCCUCACGCUAAAAAGUCCUUGCCGGCUUUGCCACCUAAGAGUGCGCUAUUUAAAUUUAACAAAAAAUUCCUGGAAACUAGACGGCUUGGUCUUGCUUAUUUCUUAAACUGCGUUCUUCUCAACCCAGAAUUCUCUGGCUCUCCCAUCCUUAAAGAUACCCUGUUCACCCACUCCGCAUAA